GUAUUAUACCAAAUAUAUAUGCUGAGGUAAAAAAUAAAAUUCAAGUUCAACUGAAUGAUGCUAAAUACAUAUCAGUAACCACUGACAUUUGGACAUCAAUCAAUACUGAUUCAUUUAUUACAAUUACAGUACAUUUUUUUCCCAAACUUGAUAAUUAUCUAAAAACUUUUGUCCUCUGUACAAAAAAGUUAACUGAGGGCCAUACUGCAGUUUAUCUAUCUGAAAUUAUAACUACAGAAUUAAAUAAAUUUGAUAUUUUACAUAAAGUUGUGGCUAUAGUGACUGAUGGAGGAAGAAAUAUAAAUGCUGCAGUUAGGCUUAUGAACAUCCAACAUAUUCCCUGUACAGCACAUAAAUUAAAUUUAGUUGUGAGAAAUGCUUUAAAUUUAACAGAUGAUUUAAAUGUAGAUAGAAAUAUUGAAAAUAAUGAUGAUGACAGUUCUGAUAGUCGAUUAAAAGAAAUUUUAAAAAAGUGUCGUAAUAUAGUUGGAUUUUUUAAACGUAGCGAAGUAGGCAAUAGAAAACUAGUUGAAAAGCAACAACAAAUGGGUCUACAAAAUAUUUUAAAACUCAAACAAGAUGUAUGUACGAGGUGGAACAGUACACUAGUGAUGAUGGAAAGGUUAUUACAAUUAAAAGAACCUAUUACAAUUGUAAUAAUGACAUUAAAAGAAGCACCACCAAAUCUAUCAUCUGAUGAAUGGGAUGUAGUAGAGGAUUGCAUUCCAUUGCUAAAGCCAUUUCACAGCAUUACUGUGGAACUGUCAGCUGAAGAAUAUCCUACGAUUUCCAAAGUUAUACCACUUAUACGAGGAUUACAGAUUGCAUUAACUAAUAAAGAUCCCUCUACAAUAAUUGGAAUAUUACUAAAAUCCAAUCUCCACGAAAAUAUUAGAUCACGUUUUCAAGGAAUAGAAAAACAAUCAUUGGUUCCUCAUUUCGGUAGAGCAACAUUACUUGACCCUAGAUGUAAAAAAGUGGCAUUUGGAAAUGAAAAAAAUGCUUCUGAUGCUGAAACAUCAAUAACAACAGAAGUAGCCAGUUUAUUAAACAUCCCAAUUCCUGAACCAGAAGUUGUUGAUCCAGUACAAACAGAAACAGAAGACCUUUGGGGUUUUUUAACAACAAAGGUGAAUGAUAUACAAAGUAAAUCAACAACUACAAGUAGUGCAAUGGUUUUAGUGAAACAAUAUUUAGGUAUGCCAUACCAAGAACUUUCUUGCAAACUUGGAGAAUAUUGGGAAAAACACAAAACACUGUUAUAUCCAUUAAAUGAAGUGGCAUUAAAAUACGCAACAAUACCUGCUACAUCAGUACCUUCAGAACGGAUAUUUUCCAAGACUGGUCAAAUUAUGUCAGCUAGGCGCAACAGAUUAUUGCCCAAAAAUUUGGAUACACUUGUUUUUCUUAAUAAAAAUAUGUAGAAUCACUAUAAAACAUUGUUAUGUCAACCUAUUAGUUUUAACAUUAUUAAAAAUAAAAGAAAAGUUUGGUUCAUUUUAAAUAAUUUACAAUGUACUUAAAAGUUAAGAUUAUAAGAAGUUUUGUAGUUAAUAAUAAAAAAAAAAAGGAGAAAAUAUGUACAAUUAAAAAAAGCGGGUAAGUGGAUGUUGCUCUGCUGUAGGUACAUUAGUGGAUGGGAAUGUGGGAUGGACCUCGGUCAUAGAGUUACUAUAAUGUGUUUGUUAAAUUUGAAUGCAAUGAUAGGUAUCAUUGUAUACGAAAAACGAUUCUGAACGGAGAUGAUUUGUCAGUCUAGGAUAUAUUAUAAUUAAAUAUU